AUGGAUAUUUUUGGAGAGGAGCAUUAUUCUGUCUGCCACACCUCCUGUAGCCUCCCUGAGGAAGGAAUCACGCACACAUGGCCAAGAUUCAUUCCUAACAGUCAAGAGAAACCUUGGGAACAAAAUCUUAAGCAGAGGGAUGAGGUUCUAAGCGAAAUUUCAGAGCUCAGCCAGCCUAUAGGUGUUUGCAAGAGCAGGCCUUUGGACUUGGUGUUUAUCAUCGAUAGUUCUCGUAGCGUACGGCCGCUGGAAUUCACCAAAGUGAAAACCUUUGUCUCCCAAAUAAUUGACACUCUGGACAUUGGGGAAGCUGACACACGGGUGGCAGUGGUGAACUAUGCUAGCACUGUGAAGAUCGAGUUCCAUCUCCAGGCCUACACAGAUAAGCAAUCCCUGAAACAGGCCGUGGCACGAAUCACACCCUUGUCUACAGGCACCAUGUCGGGGCUGGCUAUCCAGACAGCAAUGGAUGAAGCCUUCACGGUGGAGGCAGGAGCUCGGGGGACUGCCUCCAGCAUCCCUAAGGUGGCCAUCAUCGUGACAGAUGGGCGGCCCCAGGACCAGGUGAACGAGGUGGCGGCUCGGGCCCGGGCAUCUGGUAUUGAGCUUUAUGCGGUAGGUGUGGACCGGGCAGACAUGGAGUCCCUCAAGAUGAUUGCCAGUGAACCCCUGGAUGAACAUGUUUUCUACGUGGAGACCUAUGGGGUCAUUGAGAAACUUUCCUCUAGAUUCCAGGAAACCUUUUGUGCCCUAGACCCGUGUGUGCUGGGCACACACCAGUGCCAACACGUGUGCAUCAGUGAUGGGGACGGCAAGCACCACUGUGAGUGUAGCCAAGGAUACACCUUGAAUGCCGACAAGAAAACGUGCUCAGCUAUCGAUAAGUGUGCUCUUAACACUCAUGGAUGUGAACACAUCUGUGUGAAUGACAGAACUGGCACUGGCUCUUACCACUGUAAGUGCUACGAAGGUUAUACCUUGAAUGAGGACAGAAAAAGUUGUUCAGCUCAAGAUAAAUGCGCUCUUGGUACACAUGGGUGUCAGCACAUUUGUGUGAAUGACAGAGCUGGGUCCUAUCACUGUGAAUGCUAUGAGGGCUACACUCGGAAUGCAGAUAAAAAAACAUGUUCAGUCCGUAACAAGUGUGCUCUGGGCUCUCAUGGUUGCCAGCACAUUUGUGUGAGUGAUGGGACAGAAUCCUACCACUGCGAUUGCCAUCCCGGCUACACUUUGAGUGAAGACAGGAAGACAUGUUCAGCCAUUGAAGAAGCACGAAGACUCAUUUCCACUGAAGAUGCUUGUGGAUGUGAAGCCACGCUGGCAUUCCAGGAGAGGGUCAGCUCAGAUCUUGAGAGACUGAACACCAAACUUGAUAACAUUUUGGAGAAGCUGCAAGUAAACGAAUAUGGACAAAUACAUCGUUAAAUUGCUCAAAUUUCUCACCUGGAAAUGUGGAGAGCUUGGUGUAUUUAAUACUUAAUUCUUUUGCAUACUCGUAUCUCUAUUGUUCCUAAUAACUUCCCAUUAUAAAUGAUUGAAUAUUACUGGAGAGUGUGAGGAACUUCUGGAGAACCAGUUUUUUUCCAAGGAAAUAAAUGUGCAGAUCCUUAUCAUGAGCAAACUUUAGAGUUUCUAAAGCUAUGACUGUGAAAUGGUUGGUAGGAAAUAAAAUGAAAAGUUUAAUGUUUCUUUAUCUACUAAUUGAGCCAUUUAAUCUUAAACAUGUAUAUUAGUACGAUAACCAUAUUCACAAUGGAAACUUUAGAUCUAUUUUCUUUCACCAGUAUUCAUAAUGUAAGUAAGUUUAAUUACUGAGAGGGCAAAUUGUGCAAAGUAUUUACAUGUAAAAAAAAGUUCAUAUAAUUGAGAUGAAUAUAAUUAACUCUUCAACACUUUGUUUUUUGCUCAUUUUUGCUGCAGUAUUAUUGAAGCUGUGAAUGAGGGACUGUAAUACACAUAUCUAAAAAUAGUUAACACAUCAAGGGAACAUUAGAUGCCAUUUUUAACUCAUUCUGGUCUUAGAAAGGAAUGUACAACUAAAGAGGACUAGCUGUGAAUUUAGGAUGUUAAAUUUUUUACCAAGGACAAAAAAUCCUAAAUUUACUUUAUUGCUUUGCUUUAGGCUCCAAUUGAUAUAAUGAUAUAUUUAUAAAGUUGCCAUAAUAAGCAAUAAAAUCUAAUCUUUUAAAAAAAUGAUAUCUUGAAUCAUAUCUAAUGUCUUUUUAAUGUUAGUGAUAAGCCUAAUUUUUUGCCCUUAUGUAUCUGAUACGUACAAAUUUUUUAGCUUUAAAGCUUAGUUUUAGAAUAAAACAUUCCAUUAAAUUAUGUACUAUUCCAUUCUUUUUUAAGUUUGUACUGUCUUUAAUAUAAUAAAAAGUUAUCCUAUCUACAUACUAUUUUCAUGCUUUUGUGACAUGCCAAUUUUGUCUAUUAAACAUUUCCUUAAAUUAAACUGAAUUAACAAUUA